AUGGCCGAGGCUGGCGACAAGGCUGAAGUCCCUCCUGCGGCCGUCUCGUUCUUCGAUCCCGCUCUGAAAGCUGUUCGUCGCAGCGUGUUCUUCCAGUGGGGCCGGACAGUCUUAAUACUCUGUGUCUUCAUCCUUUGCAUCCUAUCACUAUUCUGGGCCGUACAAUUCCACGCAGAGUCUCGAUUUUCUGCUUUGACGGUUUGGGUUGUCGACUUCGAUGGCCAGCUGGAGCCCUACCGAAAUGAGACUCCAAUUGUGGGCCCGAUCGUGACAGAGGUUGUGGACCAUAUACUUGAUACGAGCACCGAGCAUCUAGGAUACACGAUCAAGUCUCCUGCGGACUUCAACAAUGACCCCUGGGCUGUGCGCCAGUCCGUGUAUGACGAGCAUGCUUAUGCAGCUGUGAUUAUCAAUGCCAAUGCCACUGCUCUUCUUCGCAACGCUGUCAUCAACGGAAACUCGUCCUACGACCCCUACGGUGCGGCCGAGUUCGUCACGAUCAGUGCACGCGAUCCGACCACCUAUUACGACUACAUCAAUCCCUUUUUAUACGAUCUCGACAUGGCCGUCCGGUCGUCCUUUGGACUACGCUGGAUACAGUACGUCGCUCAGCAAGGGUACAACAUCAGUCAAGUGCCACAGGCCAUCAACCCAGGAAUUGGAUUUACCUCCGUUGACCUUCGACCCUUUGCGCCAGCCGUCAUAACUCCGGCCGUGAGCAUCGGUCUCAUCUAUCUGAUCAUCCUUGCCUUCUUCAACACCCCGUUCAUGAUGCCCAUACACAUUCAGUUCAUCAAGGGCAACCACCCUCCGCUGAAAAUCCCACAGUGGCUCCUAUGGCGCAUCCUGUCCAACAUUGGCACAUACUUCUUCCUAUCACUCUUCUACUCCUUUGUGUCCCUGGCCUUCCAGAUCCCGUUCAGCAACCCCUCCGCACCCGACACUCAGGUAGCCUACAACCCCAACGGCUACGGCCACGGCUCCUUCGUUGUCUAUUGGAUGUUGAACUGGGCGGGCAUGUGUGCCCUCGGUUUCCCAUGUGAGAACAUGGCGAUGAUUAUCGGUCUUCCUUGGAGUGCGCUCUUCCUCAUCUUCUGGGUCAUCACCAACGUGGCCACUGGUUUUUAUGCUUUGGAUCUGGCUCCAGGCUUCUUCAGAUGGGGUUACGCCUGGCCUCUUCACAGGAUUGUCGAGGCAAUUCGCACUAUUCUCUUCGAUACGCAUUCUCGGAUCGGACUUGACUUCGGUGUCCUAUUCGCCUGGAUCGGUUUCUCGAUCUGUCUAUUCCCGCUCGCUGCAGCGUUUAUGAAUUGGAAGAUCAAGCGGGGCUGGGCGUGA